AAGUAUUCCAACAAAAAUCCCAGACACAACACAGAAAGAAAAAACAAUCACGACGUUACGCGGAAUACCACACCAGCAACGUAUUUCUUCCACAAUUUCAACCCGUGAAUCUGCUCUCCGAGCAAGGAGGCCGGAGUACCUUCCUGCCGCACUUGAAUCAUCCGUUUAGGAGGUAAAGGACCGCCGGGACCAUGCAGGAAAACAGACCCGAGCUGUACGAAGAGGUGAAGCUGUACCGGCAGGCGAGGGAACGCGAAAAGUACGAUAAUAUGGCCGAUCUGUUCGCACUCGUCUCGACGCUGCAGAAUCUGGAGAAGGCGUACAUCCGGGACUGCAUCACGCCCCAGGAAUACACGGCCGCCUGCUCGAAGCUGCUGGUCCAGUAUAAGGUCGCGUUCAAGCUGGUGCAGGGCGACGAGUUUCCGACGAUCGAUACGUUCGUGAAAAAGUUCCGGCUUGACUGCCCGGCUGCACUGGAGCGCAUCCGGGAGGAUCGACCGAUCACGAUACGCGACGAUAAGGGCAACACUAGCAAGUGUAUCGCCGACAUCGUGUCGAUGUUCAUUACGCUGAUGGACAAACUGCGGCUGGAGAUACGCGCCAUGGACGAUCUGCAGCCGGAGUUGCGCGAUUUGCUCGAUACGAUGAACAGACUGUCGCUGAUCCCGGACAGCUUCGAGGGCAAGGAGAAGAUCUCAACCUGGCUGGCCACGCUCAACUCUAUGCAGGCCUCGGACGAUCUGUCCGAGACGCAGGUCCGGCAGUUGCUGUUCGAUCUGGAAUCGUCCUACUCCGCGUUCAACAAUCUCUUGCACACCACGUAAACAGUUUGGACGCUGCACGAAGUGUUGUAUUUAGGGGCUCGCAUUUCGCUGUAGGGAAUUGUACAUAGCUCAUAAGGCGCAUAUAUUAACAUGAUAUUUAAGGGAUCAGUUAGCCGAGAAAAAUGAUCGGAUUUUAGAGAAGCAGGAUCACAGUACAGGCAGCGUAAACAACACAGCACGAGCGGAGUAUGAGGAACCGGCUGCGAGGCAGUCGCUACAGUUAAACUAUUUUUUAUCAAAUAUUUAAGAAAUAUAGUCAUCAGUUAUCUGAA